AUGUUGUUAAGACCAGGAAGAUUUGAAGAACUUAAACAACAAAUGAAACUAAAGCAGCUUGAUAUUUUAGGAGUGUGUAAAACUAGAUGGGGUGAUAACGGAGAUUUCUGGAGUGAUGAUUUUCGAAUGAUAAAUAGUGGAGACAAACAAGGGAAAAACGGAGUUGGAAUACUAUUAAACAAAGAAUGGGGACUGCAAGUAGAAAAUACCUAUCGUGUGAAUGAUACAAUAUUACUAAUAAAGUUGAAGACAUCUACAGUAAACAUGAUAGUCAUCCAGGUAUACUUUCCAACCUCGAAUAGUGAAGACGAAAUGGAACAAGUGUAUGACUCUCUAGAUGAACUGCUAGGAAUAACUCGAGAUAGCGAUAAUGUAAUUAUUAUGAGCGAUUUCAACGCAGGAAAAGGAGAAGGACAAGACAAUCAAAUAGUAGGCAAACAUGGUUUAGGAAGAAGAAACAUCCGAGGUGAAAGAUUAGUCAAUUUUUGUAAGCAGAACAAUUUUCUAGUUACCAACACAAUGUUUGAAGUACCGAAAAUAAGACGUUAUACAUGGGUAGCACCAGGAGAUACUAAUCGUUACCAAAUGGACUAUGUAUUAGCAAAGAGCCGUUUCAAGAAACAAGUAAUGACAAGUCACAGUUUUCCUAGCGCGGAAAUCGAUUGCGAUCAUAACCUAGUAGUGAUGAAGUACAAAAUAAUACACAAGAAAGUUACAAAGCGACCCAAAUUUCAUAAUAGAGUGAUAGCUGCUGGUAUCGGCCCUCCAUGGGAAGAAGCGGUUAACAAUAUUCGGCAAUCUGCUGAGGAAUCAAUUGGAUUUAGGAAACUGAAUCCAAGGAAACCAUGGAUAGCGAAUGAGAUAAUGGACUUAAUAAAAUAUCGCAACAAACUAAGGAAGACUGAUGAUGCGAUGAAUAGAAUAAUAAAGAACCGUAUUACCCAAAAGUGCAGAGUUGAAAAGGAGGAAUGGAUGGAUAUAACAUGCAAAAAUAUUAAAAUAAAUAUGACAGCAAAUAGAAUGGACAAAGCAUAUGGAAUGAUUAAAAGAUUGUCAAGAUUACCGAAGCCAAGAAGCAAAAUUGUUAAAAAUAGGAAUGGGCAACUGAUUCUAGAUGAAGGUGAAAUAGCGACGAGAUGGAAAGAGUACAUAGAAGACCUGUAUAAAGGAUUGAUAGGAGAACAUGACAUGAAUAAUGAAAAUAUAAUUGAGUCAAACGAAGAAGACAUAGGACCAAAUAUAACAAAAAGCGAAUUCGUUAAAGCAUUAAGUGAAUUGAAACAAGGUAAAGCGACAGGAGUAGAUGACAUCCCGGCAGAAUUAUUAAAAAACGUUGGAAAAGAUACCGAGUAUAAGCUAUUUGAAAUGAUUGAGAAAAUGUAUAGGGAUGGCAACAUUCCAGAGGACUUUGCCAAAAGCAAAAUUGUACUAAUCCCUAAAAAAAGAAAUUCCACAGAAUGCAAGAAUUACAGAAUAAUAUGUCUAGGAUAA